AUGCAAGAUACAAGACGAGAAUCACACACAGCAAAGUCACCAACCGGCCAGCACGACAAAGGAAAGGCGCGAGGAAAAAUAAUCAUGUCAAUUUUUGUGCGUUAUUUUUACCGUAAAACGAAGAGAGGAAAAAGACUUGAGAUAAAUUCGGAGGAGGCAUUUUCAACAUCAGCGAUGACAUUGCACUUUUUGGGGCAAGGGGACGUGGGGGGAAGUGUAGAAUGUAAGGAGGAGGGGGAAGAGAGAAAUAACAAAGCAAUGUGGUAAAUUUGUACCAGGUACCGUACCGUAGAGGGAGUAGUUUUGAGUUGAGGAGUUUGAAGUUUUUAAUGAAUGAUAUGUGGUUUUUUCUUUUUUGCAAAUGAGUGGAUUGGCAGGAAGGUGACUUCACUUGACUUGAGAGGUUACGCAUCACCGUGGCACUUUAAGUUGUGGUUAGGGGAGCACAGCAAC